AUCAGUUGAUUCCCUUCAAUUUUAUUAAUUAUAAUUUUCAAUUUUAUUGCUUCGGUUAAUUCUAGGGUCUGCAUUUUUAAUAAAUUAAUUAAUUAAUUAUUGGCAUACAACUUUGAUCAAUCAGUUGAUAAUACUGAAUGUUAUAUAUUUGUUAUUGAUUCAUUUGCAUGUUUUUUUUUUUCAUUUAUUUGUAUGAUUGAUGAAAGAUUUUUGAAAUUAUGUGGGAAAGCUUGUUAGAUUUUUUUGAAUUCUUUUUUUUUUUUUUUAAAGUUGAAAAGGGAGUUCACCGGUUGAUGUAGGUCAUUACCGGAUUUUUUACCUUUGACCAAGGUUUCAGUACCUUCUUUGCAAUUAUUGUAACUUCAGUACCUUGUUUGCAACUUUUGCCAAAUUUCAGUACAUUUCUUUUGUAUUUACUCACAUAAUAUUUGAAUAAGUUAUCACAUUUGACAUUUCUAUUUCAAAAAAACUUAUAAUAAGUUUAUUACGAUUAUACCCUUAAAACCCGAUCAAUAUAGUCCCACAGCAUACCCUUAAAAUUGAAACCUCCAAGUUGAGGCAAUCAAUACAACUUGACAUUAGAAAAGUUCAAAUCAUCUCCAACCAUGUCCUAAUUUUUUACACCCUGUUUUUUCAUUUUAUAACCAUAUUGUAUAUUUUUGUAUGACUAUUACAGUGAUAAACCAACUCCCUUAUAUUCAGAUCACCUUUGUUAACAGACUCUCUUGCCCUCUUUUUCACCUUUCUCUCUCCUACGUGGCUUCCUCCCUCCACCUCAGCUGCUCCUUCUUUCUUUCUCCUCUAUAAAUUUCAUUUUUCUGGGUUUUUUUUUUCUUCGUCACAGUUCAUCAAUUUUCAGAUUCUUUUCCUUUUCUAUUUUCUUUUCUUGAUUUUUAAUUUUUCUGGGUAGAAUUUUGUUCUUAUCCAAAAAUUUACCUCAUUCUUUCCGUGACUUGAUUGGCUUAAACACAAACAAUUAUACUUCCCACAUUCGGUCAAAAUCUUUAUUUUCAUUUUUUCUUUUAUAUAUACUACUUCGUAUAAUAUUCUGAAGAAAUCAAAUUAUUCAGAACAAAUGUUGGACGGAAUUUUUCGCAGUAAUUUCAGAACCAAAUGCAAAUCGUUGUUGAGUCGCACAAAAACGCGAUUAGAGGUGAUAAAGAAGAGACGCAAUGCAAUGCAGAGGUUUUUGAAGAAAGAUAUAGCUGAGCUUUUGAAAAGUAACCUCGAUCGUAAUGCCUAUGGCAGGAAAACUGGAGUUAUAGCUUUUUUAUGGAGUCGUCUCGAAUGGGCGAAUGUUUUAUCUAUGGCAGAAGGGCUAUAUGUCGAGUUAAACCUGUCUUUGUGUUACGGGUACGUAGAGCAAUGUUGCACCUGCAUCAUCGAAAAUCUUAAGGAAAUGCACAGGCAAAGUGAGUGCCCUGAAGAAUGCAGAGUUGCCGUGGCAUCUUUGAUACACGCUGCAGCUAGAUUUUCUGAUCUGCCUGAAUUGCGUGAGCUAAGAAAUCUAUUCUAUGACAAAUAUGGGAAAGCAUUAGAGCCAUUCACCAGUAAAGAGUUCACGGAGAACUUAUUGUCGAGACCUCCUUCAACACAAAUGAAGCUGCAAUUGAUGCAAGAAAUAGCACAAGAAUUCUCCGUGCCAUGGGAUCCUGUACAAUUGGAGCAGCAACUGCAAAGUUCUAGCCUUCCUACUCAAGCAAAACCUGCAAAAACUGCUUCUGUAAAUGGGGCUAGUGAUGGCCAAACAUUGUUCAGGAACAAGUCUACCACAGAUCUAGUGAAAGGAAAACAAGUUGAUGGUGUCAAACAGAAUAAUGAAGAGCAGACUCUUCCAGUUAAAUCCAGAAGGCGCAACUCUUGCACAGGACUGAAAGAAAACAUUGCAGAGGAAUCACAGGAAGAAAAUAGCAUGCAAGAAGAAAAAAUUCCAAACAAUGCUUAUAGAAAGCCGUUCACUAAUAGAAUCAUUCCUGCUCCUUACAUCAAAUCCAGUAAUAAUACAGACGAAGAUAAUAAUCAGAAGAAUGAGGUUGAUGACUUGAUUGGCAAAACUAAAGCAAGACCAAGAUCAGUGAGAACAAAGUUCUUGAAGCCAUCAACAAGCACUGCGAGCACAACCAGAAAUGCUGAGCAUGAGAUUGAUCCAAGGGGUAGCUUAAGUGCGAGGGUCACAGAUUCAAGGAGAUACGAUCUUGAUCUAGAUGAUGAUGAUGAAGAGGAAGAAGCAAAACUCGAUAAGUUUUUGACUCAAUUCGGUAAAAAAAAGGUACCAGAUAGUGCUCCAGCUGCUCUAAGAAAAGAAGAUAGUGGAACACCAAAAUCUGAGCUGCCUCUACCUCCAGGUAGACGAAGAUACUUUUCUUCUGAGCCUGAUCAGCCUGCAUCUCCAAAAAUUAAGGAAGCAAACGACAGUCAAAGGAAACCGGACAAGAGUAUAUCUCUUCCACCAGAUCAGCAGCAGUCUGAAUCGCUUAAAACUUCAAUUAGACACGUAAGAUCUUCUUCAUAUGUCAAUGACGGGCAUGUGCAUCCAAGGAUGCCAGAAUUUGAUGAUUUAGCAGAAAGGAUAGCUGUCCUGAAAAAUGUACAAGGUGAUUUUGAAUUGUAAAGAUAAGAUGCUGGUCCUUUUUACCUAUAAAAACUUUUAGCUUUUGAACCUUGUUACACAUUUGUAGGAAGAAGUAUACUAGUCUUUGGUUCUCUGUAAAUUUUUAUUUUUUAUUUUUCCUGGGUUCUGAACUGUGUAAAUUUGCUUAAUUCAGUUCAAUAAAAUCCAUGCAGAUGGGCAUUCUUUGAAA